AUGACGGCUGCUAGCUAUAAAGAGCCUCUCGCGAAGUACAGCUCCCUCGAACAAACAACAGAAGACCUCGACUUCGACGCCGAGUUCCACAUUGAUGACUUCAGCCUCGAAAAACGACAAGAUUAUGAUCGCGAUAAAAGUACUCGCCAGCAUCUGCAAAUAGCAUGGAUCCAGGGAGUGUUGCUUAUUGUACUCGCCGGCUACACUUUGUUUCUUUGGUUCCAACUGCGACACGAGAGAAACAUACGUUUAGGAGCCGACCCAAGUGGGUUUGUUCCUCGAGAGGUCGGACAGCCUCUGCAUUGGGCCAAGUACAACGAAGAAAGCGACCCACACCACUUCAGCUCAAGCGUGUUUGACACGCUCGAGAACAUACAUGCAGCAGCUAGAGUGAUAAAGACCAUGCAUGGUAAAAACCCCUAA